UAAAAAACAAAACCAACAAACUAAAGCUAAAAUGAAAAGCACCCUUUUUCUCUUUCAAACAUCAAAGCACGUGCUUGUGAAAUCAAUUUCUCACUCCCGCACGCUCUGUCAACAGUGAUGGCUGCUGCUCUGCUUUCUCAUCCCAGGCACUCUCUCUCCCUCGCAGCUCAUAAAAAGCUUCAAUUUUUCACUUCAACACCACCUUCAGGAGUGCCUUUGGUGGGCAAGAAGGGAAAUGGGUUUGGAAAAUUGUUGAUGGCAAGAGCAAAUUCUACAUCUGUUGUUUUGGAUGACAAUAAGAAGAAAAGUAACAAUCCCAUUAUUGUCAUUGAUAAUUAUGACAGUUUCACUUACAAUCUUUGCCAGUACAUGGGAGAGUUGGGGUGUCAUUUUGAGGUUUACCGGAAUGAUGAGUUGACUGUGGAUGAGCUAAAGAAGGAAAAUCCAAGAGGAGUGCUUAUUUCCCCUGGACCAGGUGCACCCCAAGAUUCUGGAAUAUCAUUGCAGACUGUUUUGGAGCUAGGACCUACUGUGCCUUUAUUUGGUGUGUGUAUGGGUUUGCAAUGCAUUGGAGAGGCUUUUGGAGGGAAGAUUGUGCGAUCUCCUCUAGGUGUCAUGCAUGGAAAAAGUUCUCUUGUAUAUUAUGAUGAGAAGGGGGAGGAUGGCUUGUUCACUGGAUUAUCAAAUCCUUUCACAGCAGGUAGAUAUCACAGCCUUGUGAUUGAAACAGAAAGCUUUCCUAGUGUGCUUGAGGUUACGGCAUGGACGGAAGAUGGCUAA